CUUUAUAUUUUAUACUAAUAUAAUCUUUACAGGCAUAAAGAUUGUGGUAGACUCCGGCGUUGUUCGUGUGUCAAAGUUGGAGACCGGACGCUUGAACGGUUACGUUUGCACUUUCAACGCUCUUCCUACGACUUCUUCGUUUUUACCGCUUACGGAGAAAGAUGGCAAACGACAACAACCCUUUCAAUCUGCGAUAUGUUCUAGAAAAGGAAAAAUUAUCUGGAACUAACUUUCUUCAUUGAGAGAUGAAUCUUAAGAUUCUUCUCGGAUGCGAGAAAAAGCUUUACGUCCUAACAUCUGAGCCUCCCAAAGCUCCUGAAGCAAACGCCCGUGCUGCAGAAAUUACUUCGUACCGGAAAUAUGAAGAUGACGCACGUGAUGUGAGAUGUCUCAUGCUUGCCACCAUGACCCCGGAGCUCCAAAGGCUCCACAAGGACAUGGAAGCUCAUCCUAUGAUGACUCGCUUUAAGCUGGAAACGGGUAACCCAGUUGGUCCCCACGUUCUCAAGAUUAUCGGCCAGAUUGAAACUCUUGAAAAACUUGACGCCCCGUUGCACCCUAUGCUGGCAACUGAUCUCAUCUUGGGAUCAUUACCAGCUGAGUAUGACUACAAGAGAUAUGGUCUUUAACCACACUUAUUUUUGUUGUUCGGCGCAUAUAUAAGCGUGGGGAAUAUUUUUUGCCACACAUGAGGUAUGUGUUGCGAUCUACAGUGCGGCGAAAUUUUUGCCGCACUUUUAAUAAGUGCGGGUAAUGAACAUUCUAGCCACACUUAAAAGUGUUGUUAAUGUUUAAUUUUGCCACACAUAUAUCUGUUGGUACCACGCCACACUUAAAAAUGCUGGGAAAAAACUCCUUUGAAAACAAUAAAUAGCUUUUAUCUAC